CGCCCGCUCCGCUCCGCCUGCGCGAGCUACACGCGCGAGGCGACGCCCAUUUUUGGGAUUUUGGACGCACGCCGCGGCCCAACCACCCUCUCGUCCCCACCCCGCUCCGCUAAAACCUCUCUUUCUCCCUUGGCUUCUUCCUCCCGAGCUUUCUCCUCCUUUGGUUUCUACUCGAGCUUCCGCCCCCUUGCGCACGGCACGGCUGCGCGAGGCCUCGUACGCUUCCUCCACCUCCGGCUCUCGCCCCGCGUGUCAGUGCCCAGCGUGCGCCAUGCGUGCGACGACGGGCGCGCGGCAUCUUCACCCCCCAUGGAGGCGCGGGCUGAGGCACCACCGACAGUCGACGAUGCCGCCGCGCGCCAGCAGGGGGAGGCUCGCCGACGCGGCCCUCUUCACCGCCGGCGCCGUGCUGGGGUCCGUGCUGCUGCUGACGCUCGCCUCGCCCUUCUCCUCCUCGUCGUCUCCGUCGUCCGGCGUGGGGAGCGGUGAGGUCGACCGGCUCGGCGGCGGGCGAACGUUCUACGACGACCCGGGGGUGGCGUACACCAUCGACCGGCCCAUCGUCGGGUGGGACGAGAAGCGCGCCGAGUGGCUCCGCGCGCACCCGGAGCUGGCUGGAGGCGGCGGCGAGCGCGUGCUGAUGGUGUCCGGGUCGCAGCCGGAGCCGUGCGGGUCGCCUGCGGGGGACAGCUUGCUGACACGGCUGCUGAAGAACAAGCUGGAUUACUGCCGGCUCAACGGCGUGCAGCUGCUGUACAACACGGCGCUCCUCCGGCCGUCGAUGGACAGGUACUGGGCGAAGAUCCCGGUGGUGCGGGCCGCCAUGGUCGCCCACCCGGAGGCGGAGUGGGUGUGGUGGGUGGACUCCGACGCGGUGCUCACCGACAUGGACUUCCGCCUCCCGCUGAGCCGGUACCGCGACCACAACUUCGUCGCCCAUGGCUGGCCGCACCUCGUGUACGAGUCCAGGUCGUGGACCAGCCUCAACGCCGGCGUGUUCCUCAUCCGCAACUGCCAGUGGUCGCUCGACUUCAUGGACGCGUGGGCCGCCAUGGGGCCGGACUCGCCGGAGUACCAGCACUGGGGCGCCGUGCUCACCUCCACCUUCAAGGACAAGGUGUUCAACGAGUCCGACGACCAGUCGGCGCUCGUGUACAUGCUGCUGCAGAGCGGCAGCCCGUGGCGGGACAAGGUGUACCUAGAGAGCGACUACUACUUCGAGGGGUACUGGCUGGAGAUCGCGGGGAGGCUCGGCAACAUCACGGAGCGGUACGAGGCGAUGGAGCGCGGGGCGGCGCCGCUGCGGAGGCGGCACGCGGAGGCGGAGCACGCGUCGUACGCGGCGGCGAGGGACGCCGCGCUGGCGGGCGCCGGGCUGGCGGAGAGCGGGGUGAGCGGGUGGCGGCGCCCGUUCGUGACGCACUUCACCGGAUGCCAGCCGUGCAGCGGCCACCGGAACGAGCACUACACGGGGAAGAGCUGCGACGAGGGCAUCCGCCGCGCGCUCAGCUUCGCCGACGACCAGGUGCUCAGGGCGUACGGGUUCCGGCACGCCGGCCCGCUCAGCGACGCCGUGAGCCCGCUGCCGUUCGACCACCCCACGCAAACGGCGUGAGAGUGACGUGGCUCAUCAGCCAAUGAAACCGUCAAAGCUGUUACUGUUAAACCGUGCAUACAGCAGACAGCUUUUGCUGGUGUGUGCGGGGUGAGUUUUCGAGGUUGAUUGCUUGCUAGUACAGCGGUGCAGUAAAAUUUGUUUUGUUCUUCGUGUUGAUACAGCCAAACAGGUCUAUAUAAUGAUUGCUUUGAUCUUC